ACCGCAGUGUCACUUGCACUCCAUUCAGGCCAUUUUUACAUAACUAUGCUGUUCGCUGAAGCACGUUCAGAAGAUCUGAAGAAGUUUUUAACACAAGAGCUGGCGCCAAUUUGCGAUGCCGAUCCCGAUGUGUUAGCGCAGUAUGUUCUCGCUCUCCUCAAGAAUAACAAACCUACCAGCGAGCUUAAGGAUUCAGUUACCGAACAGUUAGAAGACUUUUUAAAAGAUCAAACUUUAUCGUUUGUCACAAAGCUAUUUAAUGUUCUCGAAAGCGGCCGUUUUAUGGAAGGAACUGCUGGUUCAACUGCUGCCGUGACCGAUAACGGAUCUCAAGCUCCAGUACCCAGAGAUUCAGAUCAAGGACAUUCCGAUUCGCGCCGAUCUCGACAUCAUGAGAGUUCUGAGGACGAAGACGACGAUGACCGCAAUUUCAAGCACAGAAGACAGCGCUCCGAGCCCAGAGAUGAUGAGUACCGACCUGGCGACAAGCGUCGACAUGAUGAAAGCGAGAGCAAUCAAAUCAACAAAUACAUGCGGGAUAGUCAGGGUGUUGGACGCAUGAACAACGGUAUGCCCCAAGACGGCCGUGGUAGAGGUCGUGGAGGAGCUAGAGGGCGCGGUGGUCGUGUGAGACCGCUGUGUCGCGAUUAUAAUGAACGGGGUUACUGUAUGCGAGGAGACCUCUGUCCAUAUGAUCAUGGCACUGAUCGAAUCAUUGUUAAUGAUCGCGCGCUUAAGACCCCAUUCCCGGGCAAUGCCCCCGGUCCCAUACCUCCCAACAUUGGACGUCCACAGUUUUACCCUGCUCCUAAUAACUUUGCUGGUCCAUCGUCCGGUGAAUCAUAUGAUCCUGAGAACUCAGGAAUGCCCGGCCCAAGUCCAGAUAUGAACAUGCCGCCAAUGGAUGGUAUGCCACCAUAUGCAGGUCAACGUGGAGGUGGUAGAGGCGGUCGAGGCACCAGAGGACGUGGACGCGGUGGUUUUGCAGCGAGUGGUGGACGAUCUCAUCAAAACCGACACAAUUCGACUAUCAUUGUUGAGAACAUACCCACCGAAAACUGUGUUAUUGACAAGGUUAAUGAGUACUUUAAGCAAUUUGGCACCAUCACCAAUAUUUCACUUCAACCUGAAGCCUCCAAAGCUGUCAUUUCAUUCAGUAGUCAUCAGGAAGCAGAUGCAGCAUAUAGCUCACCGGAGGUCAUCUUCAAUAAUCGGUUUGUUAAAGUCUACUGGCAAAAGGCUGAAACCAAGGAACAGGAUGCCGUGACGCCUCCUCCCACUAAGCCUCUGACACCAAAAACAUAUGAACCUAGCCCAGAAGUGAUUGCUGCCAAAGCCGCGGAAUUUGCAAAGUUAAAGGAAGUCAAACAGAAGCAGCAGCAAGCUCGCUUGCAGACCAUGCUCGAGCUCCAAAAAUCGAAAGAACAGCUCAUACAACGACAAAUCCAAGAACAAAAGGUUUUGUUGGAGAAACUUGAGAAGGCGAAAACGCCAGAAGAGCGCAGUGAGAUCAUGACCGCUCUGAAUAACAUCACCGCUUCAUCGUCUGCACCAGCACCAGCACCAGCAGCACCAACUGUGACUGAAACUGCACCUAGUGAGCAACCAGAAACAGACGAUGCGAAGAAAGCGGAAUCAGCAGAUGAAUUGAAAGCCAAAUUAGCUCGAUUGGAAGCUGAAGCUGCUGCUCUUGGCAUUCAUGGAGCCGCAGGUAGAGGUCGUGGUAGAGGCCGUGGUGGCUUUUAUGCUAGCCGCGGUCGUGGAGGCUGGCAGCCACGCGGCGCUCCAGGUGGCAUUCAAAAAUCCUAUCGAUUGGAUAAUCGAACGACAAAGCUAUUGGUCAAAAACCAUCCUCAAGAGGAUAAGGAUAAACUUCGUCAACACUUUGAGCAAUUUGGUCAGUUAGAGGCCGUAUCAUAUAAGGACGAUGUAGAGUCCAUCAUCGUACAAUUCAAAAAUCGUCGUGAAGCGGAAGUUGCACUUGCCCGUGGCGCAAAUACGCUGCAAGGAAAACCAUUAGAGAUGGCAUGGUACAAUGAGGCACCUUCAGAAAACCGUGAAUCAUCUGCGCCUCCAGCCAACGACUCACCACAAAACGCUUCUCCUGCUACCACGGAGCAAGGUGUCGCUGCAGAAUGAUCGAGCGUUUUAUGUACAUAUGAAUGUGUUUCUUGAUAGUUGAUUUUGUUGGCGCAACUUAGCUUACAAUAAGCGCUCAUUAAUCAUAGCAAUUUUACGUUUAACACACUUGUGGUUCUCUCAUUAAAGUAAAAGAAACCGAAAACCUUACAAGACAUACGAGAAUUUUUUACACCCUA